AUGGAUGACACAGACACAUACUUAUUGAAUUUCAAAGGCUAUUACUUUCAGCGUGCUACAGUUGAUAUUGACCUACUAGAAAAUCUAGAAGAUUUUGAAAUUAGAGAUGACGAUGUCUUCAUAGUCACAUAUCCAAAAUCUGGUACAAUCUGGGCUCAGCAGAUAUUGAGUCUGAUUUAUUUUGAGGAACAUCGUAACAGAACUGAUAAUGUGGAAACAGUGGAUAGAGCUCCUUUCUUUGAGUAUAAUGCACGAAAAAUGGACUUCCACGCUCGCCCAUCUCCUCGUCUCUUUACUUCUCACCUCCCGUAUUAUUUGGCUCCAAAAGGUCUUAAGAACAAAAAAGCUAAAAUAAAAUCUGCAGAAGGAAAAUGA